UUGGCUUUGCAUUUGUCGAAAAAAGUGAAGUAUUGUUUGUGUUGUGCUAACAAUGUCGUGCGCGUUUUAUCCUUCCGGAGCAAAGUUCUGGCGAAGAUUUGAAUAGAAGAAGUUGGAAGAGGCGUGGUUAUCGCAUUUACACAUAUAAGUGCUGCAUUCUACACGCGUAGUUUGUCAACAGUUUGGUAACUUUUAUCACAGAGAGAGGGGGGAGUCCGCUGGGCGAAGCAACGGUAUUAUUACAGUGCGCGUCCGCCAUUUUGAUGUGCAGAAGUGGGGAUAUAGUUAGCACCUAGCGUUAUACAAGAAAUCCAGAAAAGUGGCCUAGAAAAACGAAAUAAUCCCUUCGAGUGGCCGUUAUUGGGCGAUUUCCUCGUCGCUGGAGCCGUACAACACGUGAAAAGUGCUGUGUUUAUGUGUUUUCGAGCGAAGAAAGUGUGCCCGACUUGGAAUCUAGCAGCGUGGCUCCUGCCGCUUCUCUUUGUUUCUGUCACGGUUUAGUUUUAAGGUGGUCUUCAUGCAUCGCAAUGGAUCACAUAUUCAGUCGCGAAGCAUAACCUAAGAGGUUGGUGUCGCGGUCCGGCGUUUUGCGAGUAAGACGGUGGACGGCUGCAUCAUCAUCACCAGUGUGAAGGGGGUGAACUGUCGUCGUCGUCGUCGUGUUGUGAUCAGUGUCGUGCCGUGAAUGCGGCUCUGGUGUCGCGGUUAGUGUUGUGUGUCAAAUGGACAAACGAAAAAUGAUGGCAAAAAGGCCUAGAGUUGAAAAUUUGCGCGGUCCAAUUUCGAACGGGCCGAUGCAGACCCGACCAUUAGUGGCGUUAUUGGACGGAAGAGACUGUUCCAUCGAAAUGCCGAUAUUGAAGGACGUGGCCACGGUGGCGUUCUGUGACGCGCAGAGCACCAGUGAGAUCCACGAGAAAGUGUUGAACGAGGCGGUCGGAGCCCUAAUGUGGCACACCAUCGUUUUAACUAAGGAAGAUCUCGAAAAGUUCAAAACGUUGCGUAUCAUCGUGCGCAUAGGCAGUGGCGUCGAUAACAUCGACGUUAAAGCGGCAGGGGAGCUCGGCAUCGCCGUCUGUAACGUCCCCGGCUACGGCGUCGAGGAAGUCGCCGAUACGACGUUGUGUCUCAUUUUGAAUUUGUACCGACGGACCUAUUGGUUGGCGAACAUGGUGAGGGAGGGUAAGAAGUUCACCGGUCCAGAACAAGUGCGGGAGGCGGCCCAAGGAUGCGCCAGGAUACGUGGGGAUACUCUCGGAAUCGUCGGGCUCGGCAGGAUCGGCUCGGCGGUGGCACUUCGCGCCAAAGCCUUCGGCUUCAACGUCAUCUUCUACGAUCCCUAUCUCCCCGACGGCAUCGAGAAGAGUCUAGGACUGACGCGGGUCUACACGCUCCAGGACCUUUUGUUUCAAUCGGAUUGCGUGUCCCUGCACUGCACCCUAAACGAACACAACCAUCAUCUAAUCAACGAGUUUACCAUCAAGCAGAUGCGACCGGGGGCCUUUUUGGUGAAUACGGCGCGCGGUGGUCUCGUCGACGACGAUGCCUUAGCUCAAGCCUUAAAACAGGGUCGCAUUCGAGCUGCGGCGUUGGACGUCCACGAAAACGAACCGUACAAUGUGUUCUCGGGACCAUUGAAAGACGCCCCGAAUCUGUUGUGUACUCCACAUGCAGCCUUUUAUAGUGACGCUUCAGCAACAGAACUUAGGGAAAUGGCAGCGUCGGAAAUAAGGCGCGCCAUCAUGGGCAGGAUCCCGGAGUGUUUAAGAAAUUGCGUCAAUAAGGAAUAUUUCAUGAGCCCGGGCUCAUAUCCCGAAGGUACAGUGUCCCCGGCUGGGGUAAACGGAGGCUACUACCAAGGUGGUGGUGCACUUCCCGUCCAACAGGCACACUCCACGACACCUCACGAAGCCCCUCACACGGUAACUCCCAGUGCUGCGCCACCCACACCUCAGCCGGCCCCGCCAGUGGGUCCAGUGGUUCCACCCCAUGCUCUCGUGAGUACUACCACUACCAACAUAAAGUAAUCAAGCCGAUAAGUACGCCAGAUCCGGCGAAUCACCAUGCAACAAAACCAGAACCGUCAGAGGUCCACUAACAUCUCCUUUGAUGAAUGAUGUGUUUCUAUUUGGGCUGCAAGCUGCUACGAAUGUGUGAAAGUGCAUGUCGGUCACAUUAUAUGUUUUGUUCAUCCCUUAAGGUAUACAUAUCGUGAAUAAAUUGAAAUUAUUACAUCACAUCUAAUUUGGAUAUGAGAGGUUCAUUUUCUAAGUUCGGUUAUUUCGUGUGUUUGUCUUUAGUUUAUUUUUUGGACGACGCUGUAUAUACAUACACAAAACAAAGUUUUUUUAGUGAUUAUGGAAAUGAGAAAAAUGUUUGGGUGAAUUUUUUGGUGGUGAAAAUUUAUGGACUUGAGAAUGAACCGUUUCAUUUGUAUAAAGAAUAUACUUAAUGAUUUUUCCUGUCAUGUUUUGUAAAAAAUGGUAUAUUCAAGCUUUUUUUACUCCAAUGGAAUUUUGAUCUUUCGAUUGGUUUCGCCCACGAUUAGUUUCUUGUAAAUCUUGUUAUUUUAUCGGGGUUACGAAACCGAUCGACAUGUCAAAGAGCCCAUUUGUUAGUAGUGUAUUAGUUUUAGUUGUCCAAAAUUUCAUGCUAUUGAUAUAGAUAGUUUAUCUUGUAAAAUCUUUUUAGUUUUUAAUUAGAUUCUUUUCUAAAUAAAUAAGUGCAUUAUUUCGUUGAAACGUCGGAAAAUACACUGCGGUAUUUUUUAUAUAAACAUUUUUCCACCCUUCGAAUGAAACAAUGUUUUAUAUUGAUACUUGUGCAGUUUUUUAUUUUGUAAAUCUGUUUAUUUAGAAAAUGCUGCCAUGUGUGUAUGAGUGAAUAGCCCAAACAUUUAUGUUUUAAAUUCUUUAGGAGAAUAAACUACUAAUAUUGAUUAUAUAAAAAAGUAUAUAUAUUAUAUAUAAUGACUUGAGACUUUUGUUUAAAGAGGCAACCAGUGAAGUUGGUUAAAGUGAACUUAAAACAAUUAAAAGGUGAAGUGCGGUAUUGUUCAUUUCGUAUUGUAGAAUACAUUAGUGAUAUUUGUGACUUAUUUCAGUGAUAAACAUUACUUUCAAACCGCUUAACCGUGAUGCAUAUUUUUGUCUUUUUUAACACACUUCCACCAACAAAUUAACAAUAAGAUGACAACAGAAUUAUAACAUUCCAUGGAUCCUUAAUUCUACACGAAAUAUUUUCAAAUACAACAGUAAUGGUGUGCUAUUUGCUAAGUAUAUUUUUGUAAUCACACUUUUUAAACGAUUUAUAAAUGUAGAAAAUGGUUCACCUACUGAAUUGGCUUAACAAUACCGAAAAAUCCGACAAUAAUAUGCAACACGUGACACAAUAGAACAGCAUGUGAAAUAAAAUUGUAGGGCUAUUGGACUUCCACAAAAUUUUGAAAUAAAUAUCUUCAAAAAUAAACAUGUUCUUUUCUAA